AUGGAACGUCUCUAUCACGAGACGAACAAUCUGCUUCAGCAAGUCUACCCGAAUUUGAGUCGUCUCGAGCGAGCGAAGGACCAAAAUGAAGCCGAAUUCGAGAUGCAAUCACUUCAGUCGCAGCUCAGGGAAAUCGACACGAACUGCGAUCGAUUGGAUAUGUUCGUCAGUAAGGAGAUCCCGCAAAAGAGGCCGACCGCAAAGAUGAAAGUCGACCAACUGAAAGCCGAUUGCCAGCGAACGCACAUGGCGCUGAAUGCUAUGUACGCGAAAUUGAUGACGCGAUGGAAAGUGGUGGCCGAACGAGAAGAAUUGUUAAAGCAACGCAUCGUUAGGAGUGGCGAUAGCACGGCUGUGACGAUGAACGAUCACGAGUUAUUGGUCAACGAUCGUCUACAGCAUUCCCACCGCGGUGUCGAUGAUCUUUUAAAUCAAGGAGUCGAAGUUUUGUCCUCACUUCGUAAUCAACAUCUCAACCUUCGAGGCGUUCGUCGAAAAAUGUUCGAUAUUGGAGCACAACUGGGACUAUCCGAUACAACGAUGCGAAUGAUCGAGAAACGGACAAAAGAAGACUGGCACAUCUUCCUCAUUCUCUCAAUUCUAUUUUGCAUUUUCAUGUACGCCUUCUAUCGUUUCUGGAAAGGA